AUGGUGAAAGACACAGAAUACUACGAUCUUUUAGGCGUAAAACCAGAGGCAACUGACUUAGAACUCAAGAAAGCUUAUAGAAAGGCUGCGAUACAAUGGCACCCAGACAAGAACCAAUCAGAGGGCGCUGAAGAGAAGUUCCAAAAAAUUGGUGAAGCCUACGCUAUCCUCAAGGAACCACAAGAGAGAGCCUGGUAUGACAAGAACGGAAAGAAGGAAGCUGGCGCCGUAAACGCUGAGAAUGUAGACCCUGAAGCUUUGUUCGGUCAAAUGUUUGGUGGAGAAGCUUUCAAAGACUACAUUGGCGAUUUCUCACUCAUUAAAGACCUAGCUGGUCGUGCAGAAGCGACAAUGACAGACGAGGAGAAAGCUGAACUUGAGAAGGAAACAAACGCAGCUCUAGGCGGUGAAUCUAAGGAUGAGGUUAAGCCAACUCCACAAACAGCUACUAUCGGCGAGACAGCCCACGCCGAGACCGCGGAACAGACUGAGGAAGAAAAAGCGAAACAGAGAAAGUUGACAGAAGAGCAGAAGGCUAAAUUGAAGGAAGUUGAGGCUCAAUCUGAGAAGGAGAAGGAAGAGAGAAUCAAGUACCUGACUGAUCGUAUGAAGGAAAGAUUGAGAGUUUUCGUUGAAUCUCGUCACCCAGGCGCUGAGAAUGACCCUGAGACUAAGAGAUUCCAAGAGAAUAUCCAAAGAGAAGCUGAGGAUUUGAAGUUGGAAUCAUUCGGUAUUGAGUUGCUACACACUAUCGGUAGUGUAUAUCUCACGAAAGGUCAAAACCACAUCAAGAGUCGUAAAGGUUUCCUUGGUUUGAGCGGUUUCUUCGGACGUGUUAAAGAGAAAGGAUCUAUUUUGAAAGAAGGCUGGGGUUUGCUUGGUAGCGCAUAUGGCGCUCAAGCAGCUGUCGAAGAAAUGAACAAGCGCCAAGAAGCUGGAGAAGUUCCACAAGAUGAAGUUGAAGCAUUAGGAAUGGAUGUAACUGCCAAACUCCUUUUAAUAUCUUGGAAAGUAGCAAGAUUCGAAGCCAACGGCGUCUUACGCGAAGUUUGCGAACGCGUUUUGAACGAUCCAGAGAUCUCAGAUGACACUUCUAUGUUGAGAGCUAAGGGUAUGAUGAUCAUUGGUGCUUUAUUCAAGAAUGUCAAACCAGAUGAAAGCGAUGAAGAGCGUCGUGAACUUGAAAGGUAG